AUGUCGAAGGUUGACAAGCGCAGCAAGUUCGCAGAGCUGCGAGCUCUGCGAAAGUCUGGCAAGAAGAAGUUCGAGACAUAUGAGGUCGAGGAGACCCAAGCUCUGUACGAAGAGGUCGACGAAGAUCAGUAUAAGAAGAUCGUCCGGAACCGACUGAACGAGGACGACUUUGUUGUUGACGACAAUGGCGAAGGUUACGCCGAUGAUGGACGUGAAGACUGGGACCGCGUCGAGCCUAUGUACGACACGGACAGUGAAGAUGACAUGAUUGUUCGUGGCAAGGAUCGCAAGACAUCCAAGAAACAGCGCGAGGAUGAUCAAGCUAAGCGUGAUGCCAACGAUCGAGAUAUCAGCGAGUACUUCACGAAAGGAGCUACCAAAGUCCAGCCGAAGCCGAAGAUUGUGAAGACCGAAGAAGAUGAGAACUUCCUCGCGAACCUUUUAGGCGAAGUCGACGCAAACAUCCCUGCUCCCCUUCCUCGACAGUCUAGAAAGCGGGAGCGCUCUGCGGAACGUCGCAGAGCUCGUGUACUCUCUCCUGCGCGAGAAAACAGACAGCCUGUAUCAAAGAAAGUCAAGAUUGCGGACGACAGGCUUCCUCCAACCCCGUCAGCUGACAACUUUGCGGACGAUGAUGGCUUCAUUGCUAUGGACGAUGAUCCUCUCCCCGUCAACGAUGUCCCUAUGAGUGACCCUCUUCCUUCAUCACCAACUGCAAAGGUGGCUGAGCGCAAGGUUCAGAUCAAAGUAGAGGCUGAAGAGGAAGACGAUGACAUGAUGGAGGUUGCGCAUGCCGGUGCCAUCAAUGCCGCCAGUGUCAAUUUGUCAGGUUCGAGGGUUCCGAAGAAGAUCAUCAAAGCCGAACCUUAUCCUUCACCGCCAAAAUCAUCUCCAAACAAGGCUGACCCCGCUGUUGAAGCAUCCGCAUGGAAUGACAUCAAUCAGAGACUCAAUGUCGUCUCUAGCUCUCCAGCUGAGCCUCGCAGUGUUGGCAAGAUUGAUUAUAAGGAUGCUAUUGAAGAGGAUGGCAGUCUUAACAUGUUCUGGACUGACUACACGGAGGUGAACGGUAGCCUUUGCUUAUUCGGCAAGGUGCUGAACAAAAAGACAAACUCAUAUGUCAGCUGCUUCGUCAAAGUGGACAAUAUUCUGAGGAAGCUAUAUUUCUUGCCUCGUCCACAACGCGUUCAAGGCGGCGAGGAGACAGGAGAAGACGUUGAGAUGAUGGACGUCUACACCGAGAUUGAUACCAUCAUGACCAAGAUGAACGUCGACAUGUAUAAAAUCAAGGCUUGCACCAGGAAGUAUGCAUUUGAGUUGAAAGACGUGCCAAAGGAAGGGCAGUACAUGAAGCUCUUGUACCCCUAUACCAAACCGGUGAUUGAUAUGAACGCUACUGGUGAGACCUUCUCACACGUAUUCGGCACAAACACUGCACUUUUUGAGCAAUUUGUCCUGUGGAAGAACAUCAUGGGCCCGUGCUGGCUCAAAAUCCAGGAUGCUGACUUCUCUGCUGUCAAGAAUGCAUCACACUGCAAGCUAGAAGUACUUGUUGAACAUCCCAAUAUGGUCUCUGCUCUCAGCGAGUCGGACAAUCUCGAUGCUCCUCCUCUGACUCUUAUGAGUGUCGCACUCCGAACCAACUUCAAUGCCAAAGACAAUAAGCAGGAGAUCCUUGCUAUCAGUGCUAGGAUUUACGAGAAUGUUCUACUCAGUGAUACCACGCCUGCAGACAAGCUACCUUGCCGGACCUUCACUCUCAUCAGACCUCAUGGAACUGCAUUUCCCCUUGGUUUUGAAAAGAUGGCGAAGGAUCGCAAGAAGGGUUUAAUCAAGACCAUGAAGCAGGAGUCUGAGAUGAUGUCGUUCUUCCUCGCACAGUUGGAUGUGGUCGAUCCUGAUGUUCUUCUCGGUCAUCAGCUAGAAGGUGUCGACUACAGUGUUCUAUUAAACCGACUCCAUGAGAAAAAGGUUCAUCAGUGGUCUCGUCUCGGAAGGCUCAGACGGUCUCAAUGGCCUUCGUCAAUUGGCAAGGCCGGCGGCAAUGUGUUUGCGGAACGUCAAAUACUUGCUGGUCGUCUUCUUUGCGACCUCGCCAACGACGCUGGAAAAUCUGCAAUGUACAAGUGUCAGACUUGGAGUUUGACUGAGAUGUGCAGUCUUUAUCUUUCUGGAGACAAUAGGCGCAGAGACGUGGAUAAUGAGGCCGCGCUGAAGACCUGGGCCAAUAGCAAAGAUGGCUUGAUGGACUAUGUUACGCACACAGAGACGGACACAUACUUCAUCACUGCCCUGGCUUUGAAGGUUCAGCUGCUUCCGCUGACCAAGGUCCUCACCAACUUGGCCGGUAACUCGUGGGCAAGAACUCUCACUGGUACUCGUGCAGAGCGAAACGAAUACAUUUUGCUCCACGAGUUUCAUCGCAACAAGUACAUCUGUCCUGACAAGCAAACAUUCAGGGGCAGACAACGCCAAGAAGAAGAGGAAGCAGACGAAGCAAAUGCCGGCGACACCAAGAAGAAAGAUAAGUACAAGGGCGGUCUUGUAUUUGAGCCCGAGAAAGGCCUCUAUGACAAGUUCGUGCUGGUCAUGGACUUCAACUCCCUGUAUCCUUCCAUCAUCCAGGAGUUCAACAUCUGCUUCACGACCGUUGACCGAUCUGCCUUAUCCGAGGACGAAGAUGCCGUCCCUGAAGUCCCUACUGAGCAAGAUCAGGGCAUUCUACCUAAGCUUAUCGCUACACUUGUCAGUCGAAGACGGCAAGUGAAGAGCUUGAUGAAAGAUAAGACUGCCACUAUAGAACAGCUCGCGACUUGGGAUAUCAAGCAGCUUGCCCUGAAACUAACAGCCAACUCUAUGUACGGUUGUUUGGGUUAUACCAAGUCACGCUUCUAUGCUCGUCCCCUCGCUGUGUUGACGACAUACAAGGGUCGUGAAAUUCUCCGAAGCACGAAAGAGCUUGCCGAGAGCAAAUCUCUACAAGUUAUCUACGGAGACACAGAUUCUGUCAUGAUCAAUGCCAAUGUCGACAACGUCGCAGAUGCUCUCAAGGUCGGCCAGGAGUUCAAGAAGGCUGUAAACGAGCGUUACAGGCUCCUGGAGAUCGACAUUGAUAAUGUAUUCCGACGCAUUCUACUUCAAGCCAAGAAGAAGUAUGCUGCUAUCAACAUGAUUGAGACCGACGGCAAGUUCAUCGAGAAGAUGGAAGUCAAAGGUCUUGACAUGAGGCGCAGAGAGUACUGUGCCCUCUCCAAGGAGAUUUCCAGUCGACUUCUCAACGAGAUUCUAUCAGGCGAUGAGACCGAGGUCUCUGUUGCUCGUAUCCAUGAGUACUUGCGCGAGAUCUCAGGCAAAAUGCGGGAGCAAGCUAUUCCUGUGCAGAAGUACAUCAUCUUCACUCAGCUUGGUAAGGCUCCAAAGGAGUAUCCCAAUGCCGACUCCAUGCCGCAGGUACAGGUUGCUCUGCGUGAGCUUGCUCGCGGAAAGACCGUCCGAAAGGGCGAUGUCAUCUCGUAUGUCAUCACUGGCGACAGUAAGAGCUCCGACUCCGUCGCCAAGCGGGCAUACACACCCCAAGACGUCAUGAAGGCGGACUCCGGUCUUGCCCCUGAUGUUGAAUGGUACAUCGGCAAGCAGAUCUUCCCGCCUGUCGAGCGUCUAUGUGCGAACAUCGUCGGCACAUCGACCACCCAGCUGGCGGAGGUUCUGGGCCUUGACAUCAGGCGCUAUGCCUCCAAUGCCAACAACCACAACGCCGGCAACAACGACGUAGAGAUCCACCCGCUCGAGUCGCAGAUCCCCGACGAGGUCCGCUUCGCCGACUGUGCACGUCUGUCGCUCCGCUGCCGCAAGUGCAAAAAGAGCUCCGUCUUCGAGGGUAUGCUGGAGGCGCCCGACCGCGUCACCCCCGCGGGCGUCGCCUGCCCCGACUGCGGCGCGGCGCUCUCGACGCUCUCCGUGGUGGCCCAGAUCGAGCACGCCAUCCGCACCGCGACGGCGCGCUACUACGAGGGCUGGCUGGUGUGCGACGACCCGUCGUGCGGCCACCGCACGCGCCAGAUGAGCGUCUACGGCAGCCGCUGCCUGGGCCCCAAGGGCCACGCGCGCGACUGCCUCGGCCGCAUGCACUACGAGAUGUCCGAGCGCGACAUCUACAACCAGCUCGUCUACUUCGCCAGCCUGUGGGACGUGGACAAGGCGCGCGCCAAGGCCACCGGGACCAGUGGCAGCGGCGAGGCGGCCGUCGCAAACCGUGAGGUCAGGGAGAAGGUCCUCGCGCUGGCGGAGCACAACCGCGUCCGCUUCGGCACCGUCAAGGGCGUCGUGGACAAGUACCUGGAGAAGUGCGGCAGGCAGUGGGUAGCUAUGGACACCUUGUUUGCUAAGCUGGGUUUCGCGACCGCUUCAGUGUCAGCAUAA